GCCCCGCUCUGCCCCGCCCGCGCUCAUCGGCCCGCGCCGCUUCCGCGUGUCCCGGGCACCGGCCGCAGGUUAUUGGCUGGCAAGGGUUUCCUCUACACCGGUUUCAUUCUUUGACUGCCAGCACAAGGAGCCUGCAAGACCCCCUGGAACCAGCUGCCUGAAGGAGACAUUUGGAUUUACCUAAAUAUAGCAUUAUUUCAUCAAUUAUCUUAAACCAGUUGUAAUUAAUGCGAAAUGAAUGCAAAGAAUGUGCUCUCUUUGCUUAAUCACAGAGUUGGAAUAAUGCACAGAGCAGUGGCACAGCUGCAGGCACGGAACAGAUGCAGAAACAUUUGGGAGGUGUGAGAGAGAGCCUGGCAGCUGCAGAGCACCCCCAGUGCCCACAGCACCCCUCUGAACGCUGUCCUCUGUUCUCCUCACAGACUGCCAGCACUGAGAGACCCCGGGCACUGAAGGUUUGUGUGGUACCAGGAGUGUGAGUGGGGCACUGCCAACCCUCUGCCAGAAGAUGCUUUUCCCAUCCCUGCUCCAGUCCGUGCUCUGGGCCAGCAGCUGCUGAGAUGGCACAGAGCGCUGAGCUGCAGCCCAGCUUUGAGGACGUGUUCAACAUCCUGUCCCAGGUCCCAGCAGAGAAACUGCUGAGCCUCAAACUCAAACUGAAGUACCUGAUACCUGGGCCCUGCAGCAAGUUACUGCAAGCCAUGGUCCUGCUCACUCUGGGGCAAGAAACGGAUGCAAGAAUUUGUCUGGAUGCCUUGAGGGACAACGAGGCAGCCCGGUACGUCCAGCAGAUCAAACUGGGCACUGCAGGAGUGCAGGAAAACGGAGAGGAUUUGCAGCCUCCCCAGCUGGAUGCAGGUGCUGUGGCACUGCUGGCACAGGUGUACACGGUGCUGGCACAGGAACAGCUGUGCAGUCCUGAGGCCAGGGACAAAGCCUGCCACGCCAGCAAGGACACCCAGCGGGGGACAUCCAACAACAUCCCACCCAAGGAACAGGACAACGAGGGCUCUGCAGCCAGCGGGGGCUCAGGGGACAGCUUUGGGACACUGAGAUCCCAUGAGGACGCAGGAUUUCCCCACACAGCCGGCUCCCACUGCAUGGUGAGGAGCUCACCAGUGGAGAUCAGAGGCAGCUCAGACCUUUCAGGCCCACGGACCCUGUGCUCUGUGGGGAACUCCUCCCUGUCCAGCUGUCUGGAGAUCAGUGCAUCACCAACAGUUGCUUUUCACACCCAGCCCUCUGUCCCUGAGUGUGUCCCCUGGCCCAGCCGUGCUGGACACCCCAAUGGGGACACAGAGAACCACGACCCACAGGAAUCCAGCUGGGCCAGCACACCCAGCUCUGCCCCUCCUGGGCAGGGCACAGCUGCUCAAGGGCCCCAGCCAGAGGAGGUGCUGCAGGUCAGUCCCUGUCACCCCAGCCCUCUCCCCGUUCCUGAGCCACCACUGCCCUCAGAGCCUGCCCAAAGCAGUGACGUGUCCAGCACAGUGACAGAGCCUCACACAGCGAGGGAAAAGCAGCAUGAAAAGCAGGAUGAAAAGCAAUUACCUGCUGAUGUCCCUGACUCAAGGGCUGCAGUGGAUACUGCCCCUGCCCUCACGUCCAUACAGGGCUCCUACAUUCCAGCAGCCAUUCCCUGUAACUCUGCUUCUAUUUCAACCCAUUCCCUUCCUCCUCCUACUUAUUCCUUCUCCUCAACUCUUCCUCCUCUUCAGGAAUCUCCCUCCAAACUAUCAUAUCCCCCUCCCCUGCCUUCAUCCCCCUCUCCAGCCAGGCCUCCUGCUCCCCCAGCCAUGGAUCCAGCAGAGCCAGAUGGUGCCAAGUUCUUCUCGUUUGUUGUCCUGCACGCCAGUGAAGAUGAGCUUGUGGCCCACGAGGUCAAGGACCUGCUGGAGAGCAUGGGGGUGCCCAAUGGUGCCACACUCAGCGAGGAUUUCUUCAUCGCCGGGCGCAGCCACAUGAGCUGCUUCCAGGACGCCAUGGAGAACUCUGCCUUCAUCAUCCUCCUGCUGACCAAGAACUUUGCCUGCAAGCUGUGCCUGUACCACACAGACACUGCUCUGAUGCAGUCCAUCCUGGACCCCUCCAAGGCAGACUCAGUCAUCCCAUUUCUACCCAAGGCAAACACUCUGGAGGACAACAAGAUCCCCAAGAUGCUCAGUGCGCUCCUCAUCCUGGAUGAGAGCUCUCCUCUCUUCUCCAGGCAAGUGCAGAACACGUUUAAGCCCAAGAGGAUCAGUGAGAAGAAAGCCAUGUGGGAGCAGCUGCAGAGGGAGAAGCUCCAGGCACGCUGGGAACAGCACCAAGCCCAGCAGAACCUGGCUGCCCUGAGCCUGGGCUCCCCUCCCUGGGUGCCCCCAGCAGCAGCAGGGCCACCAGGGCCAUCAGCCCGACCCUGGUGUCCCCCUGCCCCCAGGGACCCCCCUCCUGCUCAGAGGGGUCCUCUCCCUUCCCAAGCACAGCUGCCCCCAGGCCACUACAGCCUCACACCAGGCCAGGCACCCCUCAUCAUCCAACAUGCCAGCAUGGUUCAGAUCGGGAACCACAACGUGAUGCAGGUGGGAACUGCCCCACCUGGGCCAGGGCACAGCCAGGAGCAACCCAGGCACAACCUCUGACCCAGAGACAAAAUCCAUUUCAAAUCCUGGAUUACAGUGAUCCUACUAGGACUGUUGUUCCAUGCAUUUUCCUGAAGCACAAAAGAAAAUUCUUCAAUUUUUGUUGGAAAAAAGGUGUAGUGAUCUCUUGAAAAUGUUUUUCCUUGUGCUUAUUUUCAAGUAACUGAGAAAAUU